GCUUCAUCUCCACCCAAGCCAAAUCAAAUCUGAGGCAGAAGCCGAAACUCCCAGUCCCUCAGAGCCUAUAGCCAGGUGAUGGAGGACGAGGAGAAGGCAGCAGAGAGCUUGGUGAGCAACAUGGAAGCUGCUCACUCUCCAUCCCCUGUCCACUGCUGCUGGCCCCACCUCCGAUACUGGGCAGUUACUAGCAUUAUCUGUGGCUGUUCUUGCCUGGGAAUCGUGGCUCUUGUGUUUGCCAUCAAGGCAGAAGAGCGACACGAGGAGGCCAAAUAUUGGGGGGCCCGGGCCCGGAGAUUCAUUUUGGCCAGUUUUGCUGUCUGGUUUGCGGUCCUUUUUCUGGGUCCCCUGCUGCUGUGGCUGCUCUCCUACACCAUUGCUCAGGCUGAGUAACUCUGGGUGGCCUUUGCUGAGAGUCAGUCAAGACCUGAAUCCAGUCCAACAAUUCGGCAGUGAUCAGUUCUGGUGACAGGAAUGGUUCGUGGUUCUUCCUGUCUAGAAGGAUGUGGCCUUUCUCGGGAGCCAUUGGAAGAACUCACCUAGGCUAUUGAAAGCACCUGAGACUUCAAGGGAGGUCAGCCUGCUCUGUCCUUUCAUUACCCUCUGCUUUGUCUCCCCUGCCCCUCCAUCCUAGGAGCCUCCAUUCAGAGAAAGGGGUAAAAACCAGGCUUGAUUUUAUUAGAAUUUGUUUUGUAAUAAAAACCUUUUUUGGUGGUGAAA